UCCAUUUCCAAUUUCCAUCAAGCUUCUUCACUCAAUCAAUUUCAACACUAGUAUUUCAAUGUCUUUUCAUAUCUUUAUUUUCUUGAAAAAUUAUUUCCUUUAAAUUGCUUCCUUCAUAUCCGAAAUUCUGCCUUCUUAUUUCUUUUUUUUUUUUUUUAUAAUUUCAUUUUCUUUUCUGAGCGGAAUCAUCCUUCUUCCCCUUUUCAAUUUUUGUUUUAUUUUUUUGAUUCCGUAUCGAUUUCUGUUCUGCAAGGAAGUUCUGAAUGAUUCUUACACCGCUCGUUUCAGUAUUUUUUACUACAGCCUACAGUGGUUUUGAGGCAAUAUGUUAGUAGCUGAAUGAAGGCAUUGAGAAAUGGCAACAGAAAGCGUUCUUGCAAAGUUGAUGUGUUUUGAUAAGCCAUCUGUCUCUCAUACUACAAAUCAAAGGAAAAGAGUACUCUCGGAGAAUUAUUUUAAGAACAUUGCUUCAGUUACUAAUAGGAAGAAAGUGUUGCCAUUUUCAGAUGAUGCUGAUAUUGACAUGGAUUUUGAUGACGAUUUGCCAUGUAGAACUGAGAAUUCUUUGCAUACUGGAACAUCAUUUUCCCUACCUAGUUCCACUUUUAGCGAUCAGAAACGAAACAAUUUGUUAUCUAAUGGAAUGAGUCUUCAAGAGAGGAGAAUGGGUACCUCCUUAUUGUCAUCUAGAUCCUCUUUUAGUAAUCAGCCGCGAAAAAAGUCAUUGUCUGAUGGAAUGCGUCUUGAAGAGAAGAGAGUGAGUUGCUUGUCCUUCGACAGCAUAAAAUCCUCGAAUCAAAGUAGUCUGGCAUCUCGGCAAAUAGCACAGCUAAUUACCGGGCAAGUGAAGCAUAGUAUGUGGCAUAGCUUUGCUGAGUUAUCCAGUUGUAGGACUAGAACUGAAAAGAGUCUUAGAAAUGAAGAGGAGAAAAGUAGGACUUCUUAUAUACAUUCAUUGAAUUCAGAGAAAAAACCCCAGAAUUUGACAAAGCAUGUGUCUGAAAGAUGGAGAAAGAGAAAGUGCUUCCAAGAGGAAAGAACAUCUCACAGAGGCAAAACCCGAGAUGAAGUGUUUGUUACUAGUAUUAAUGGAAGGAAUUACGUCCCGAAUACUCGUGAUGAUAAUUUCAGCAAGGUUUUUUACACUAGCUAUAUGAAUGGGUGGCCUGUUCUUGGUGCCAGAUACUUGUCUAAACCAUCGCUCAACCCUUCCGCUUGGAUUCCAAAUAGUGGAGCAAGACAAUUUUCUCUUGAUAGAAAUUGGUGUUUGAGACCAGGAGAAUGGGUCAGUAAACAAUGCAAUGACACAGACGGGCCCAACAAUCAGCAAGAAGCUUCUGUUACCUUCAUUGAUUCAGAUAAGCUUGUAAAGAAAAGCUCGUGUGAAGAAUCAUUUACACCUUCUGAGUCUUUAGGUAGAAGUUCUGAAGUUAUGGAUGCACCAAAUCCCUCAUAUCAUGAGUCCCACGACAUUCUAGUUAAGACGGAGGCUAGGGACCUACACAAGGAUGAAUCUCAAGACAGCAAAGUUGAUUCCUUGUUUAGAAUGUGUAAUCUUGCUCCAUUAAGUUUGGACUCUAAGGACAUUACUGAUAAAGAGAAUGAAAAAUUGAACACAUGUAUCAAAUUAAUGAAGGAUAACUUGUCCGGUGAUGCAGAGUCUUGCAAAAUCAAGUUGAAAGACCAAAGUUAUUCUUAUGAACAACCAUGUUCUCCUAUUAGUUCAUUGGAAGGGCCAGAAGGUUGUAGCCAUGUUUUGAAUACAACGGCAGAAGCAGGGAAGGAUUUGUCAGUUUCAGCGUGCUUUGAGAACGAUGACGAAGUUUAUGUAGGUUUGCAAAGAAAGCUUCAAGUGAUAGAUACAAUGUCUUUAGAAUCUUUCUCAGAGGGCCUGGAGAUGGUUGUAUCUAGUGAUGAGGGUGAUAAUAGAAGUUCAGUCGGUUUCUAUCAGAACGAUCCACAAAUUAUCGAAAUUUGUCAAACUUUGGUUAAAGAAUGCUGGGAUUUCUCUUAUGUUGUCGAUAUAGUAGAAGGGUAUGGUUUUCAAACGAACAACUUGGAAGAAAUGGACCCAUUGGACCCAUCGGUGUUUGAUUCACUAGAGAAGAAGUAUGGUAAGUCUAUGCUGUGGGAGAGAUCCGAAAGAAGGCUCUUAUUUGAUCGCUUAAACUUGGGUCUCAUCGAGAGUGUCAAACCUUCAGAUGGUUUAAACACAUGGAGAAAACCUUUAGCAAAAAGAUUUCGUGCAAGACAAAAACGUCAGAAGGUUGAGGAUGUGUUGUGGUCUAUACUAAUGAACCAACAAGAGGAGUUGAAGCGGGAUUCAUCUGAUAAGGUGUGUAGAAGGGAGAUGGAAUGGUUAGACUUAGAGGAAGAUGUUGAUUUGAUAGUAGUAGAAUUAGAGAGAUUUUUGGUAGAUGAACUUAUAGAUGAGUUUGUGUGCAUGUAGAUAUGUUCAAUGUUGGGUAGGAGUUAAAGUCAUUCAAUUUGUGUAGAUUGCAGUUUUUUAGAAUCUGUAUGUUCCCAAAUCUUAACUGAAAAAGUAUGGCACAUAGGGGUUUUGGGUUA